AUGGUCUACUCUCCGGUCACAGUCCACAAGAAUCCUAAACGGUCAAAGCGUCCGACAACCUAUUCACGCUGGACACCCGAGGAAGAUGAGAUUUUGCGACACGCGAUUGCUAUUCAUGGUCCAGCACGUUGGUCUCUUGUCGCAACACACAUACCAAAUCGCAGUCCAAUGCAAUGUUCCACCCGCUGGAUGGGCGCACUCAACCCACACAUCCAUAAAGGAAGAUGGACCGAUUAUGAAGAUUCAAUCCUACGCUACUCUGUUCAGGAGUUCGCCAAUUUUGUAGACCACGAGGGAAGAUCAAUGCCAAUGCCAUGGAACAAGAUCGCCGAACGUAUCCCAAACCGCACUGGAAUCCAAUGCCAGGCCCGCUGGACAGAGGCCCUGGAUCCCACUGUUCGCAAAGGAAAAUGGACAGCCGAUGAAGAUGUGCUCUUACGCCUUGGGGUUGUCGAACUUGGUCGGUCAUGGAUCCGCAUCGCCGAAACUAUUGAGGGCAGGACCCAGGUAAAGAUCAACAGCCACCCAACCACUAAUAUUGCCAUCUAUUGA